AUGAAUCCUCCUACUUUUACUGGUAUGAAGGUGGAUGAGGAGCAUCCUCAGGGUUUCUUGGAUCAAAUGGAGAAAAUUUUAAGGUUGGUAGUUCAUAUACAACAAGUGGAGGAAGAAAAGACGAAGAAGGCUGAAUUUGGGGAAAGGCAGGGUAAGAAGUUUAGGUUUUCUAAACAAGGUGGUGGGCAACAACAUGGUGGUCUAGAUGACGGUCGUAAUAGGUUAUAUGCUCUUACUACUCGACAGAAAUCUGAGGAAUCACCUAAUGUUAUGACUGGGUACACCAGUCCUCCCCCACCUCGACCUUCAACCAGCCAGCCGCCGCCCGAUCUCCAGCCGCCACCCGCCGCUCCGUCUCUAGCAGCCGCAGCUCUAAGCGAAGUUGAGGGAGAUAAAGAUGAGUUUGUAGAGGGGGAAGAUGAAAAUAAAAAUGAUGAGGAAGAUAGAGAUAGUAAGGAUAUAGAUGACGAAGAUAAAGGAGAUAAGGAUGAAGGUGAAGAUAAAGGGGAAAAAGAAAGUCAGGAAGGAGAUGGCAAGGAAGAAGAGGAAAAAUAA